AUGCCAAUAGAUUACUCCAAGUGGGAUAAGAUAGAAAUUUCUGAUGAUUCUGAUGUGGAAGUUCAUCCAAAUGUCGAUAAACAAUCAUUUAUCAGAUGGAAGCAACGUGAUAUUCAUGAAAAAAGAAUGCAAAGAAACAUUGAAAUCAAGAGUAUUUUGAUCCAAUUGACCAUGUAUGCUAAGCUUAACGAAAGGGUCGACUAUUUGUUGGAAAAGUUAACAUCCACUGAAUUAUUGGAUAGUGAAAAAGUCAUGUCAAAGUUGAAUUCAGAAUUUGAUCCUCAAGAAAAAUUCGAUUAUGAUAAAUUGAUUAAAGACAAGGGUCUGACCUUGAGAAAAGGAUUGAAAGAUUUGAAAUUCGAUAGAGAAGAGAUUGAAAAUACUCCUUGCUAUAAUGAAAUGAUUGAAGAUUUGUUUGUUCAAAUCAAGGAUGAUCAUCCAGAGACAAAAACCGAUGGCGACAAAUUGAUUGAAUACUUAAAAGAACAUAGAAACAGGAUCGACGAUGUUUUGUCUAAACAGACUAUAAAAUUGGAUGAUUUAUUGUACCAGAAAGCUCAAUUGAUAGUAAGUGAUGAUUUGCAUACGGGGUUUGAUAGAUCAUUUUUAAAUAAAGAUAAACCAGAGGAAAAAGAAGAAAAUCAAGAUAAACCAAAAGCUCCAGAAGCUAAAAAGACAACUGUUACUACAACUGAAACUAUCAAUCUGCCAAAACCAGUUGAAGAAAACACUGAUAAAGAAAUCUUGGAUGAAUUGGAAAUCUUGCCUGCCACUAAAGAAUUUGCCAAAAUACCCAGUGACAAUCUUUCAAAAGCAGCUGAAUUCUUGAUUAAACAUCCUUCAAUAUGUACUGAGCAACAAAAAGACGCUUUAAUAAUGACGGCAUUUGACCUUCAAUUGGAAAACAAAUCUGAUGAAGCUAAACAUAUUGUCCACCAAUCAUUAUUAUUACAAUACGUUGGCCAAUUAUCAGAUAACGGUAAAGCAGCACCAGCUAAUGUGAUAAAUGCUAUCAAGUUAUUCUUCUCGAAGAUUGCCGCAGAAUCAUCACCAGCAAAACAUGCAUUUUUAGAGGAUGUAAACCAAACAUUCAACCACAUUAAAGGUAGAUGUGAGAUCAUCAAAGAAGAGCAAAAACAAAAUGCAGCAAAUAAGGAAGGAACGGGCGAAGAAGAAGAAGAAGAAGCAUUGAUUCAAUUGAAGGCUUUAGAUGAUAAUACUGAACUACUGGUUAAUAUUCCUCAAGAAGGUACCAAAGAAUAUGAAAUAUUCACUACUAAAUUACCAAUAGAAUUCCAGAAUGCAAUCAAAACAGAAUCUAUUGAUGAAGUUAAUAAGGAGUUUGCCAAGUUAAAAAUUGAAGAUGCUGAAAGAAUAUUGGAAAUUUUCAAUGAAUGUGGUGUUAUCGGUAUCAGUGGCUAUAUAGAAGAUGAAAAGGAAUUUGAAGAAUUGAAAAAAGAAUAUGCACAUGAAACUGCCAAUCAAGAAGAAGACCAGUCUGCUUCAGUUGAAGAUACAGUUGAUUAA